GAGGGGUUACGCGGUGACUUCCCCUGGGCUUUAGUUUCUCCGCCCUCCGUAAAGGAAAAUGGCGGACGAAAAGCAGACGGACGAUCGGCUCGUAAAUGACGGAGGACCUGAAGAGAAGGAAGACAAAGAUGUGAAAACUAAGACACUCUCUUCCAGCAAUGGAGGAGAGUGCGCAGGCCGAAGCGCGGACAAGCGUUCGGCGGACGAGGAAGCAGGAGAUUCCAAUGCUCAGCCAGCUCCACCGAAAAUCUGCAAAACUGGAUUUGCCGUUAAAAUUUCUGCAUCAAAGAAGCCAGCUCCAAUCUCCAUCAAGCUAGGAGCUAAUAAACCUAAAGAGACUGUUCCAAAUUUGCCUGUAAAGAAGCCAAUGUUAGCAGCUGUGUUUAAUGAUGAUGAUGAUAGUGAACCAGAAGAAAUGCCACCAGAAGCAAAAAUGAGAAUGAAAAAUAUUGGCAGAGAUACUCCUACAUCUGCUGGACCCAACUCAUUUAACAAGGGGAAGCAUGGAUUUUCAGACCACCAAAAGUUAUGGGAAAGAAAACUUAAAAAACAGAUGGAAAAAGUACCCCAAGAAUAAGAGAAGCAUCAUACUGGAGGACAUUUUGGAUUGGAUGCUGUCUCCCUGCCUCCAUGACCCACCCAUAGUAACAUUUAAAAUGCGAAUUUGAUUAAUUGAAAUUAUGUAAAUACAUAAAGACUUUAUUAUUACCUAGUUUCUUUUUGGGUGCUGUUGAUGCAUCAUAUGGAUAACAUUUCAUUUGCAACUUACAAGGCUUAGAUUUUACGUUGAAUGGUCAAUUUACAGACACACUCAUCUGCAAUUGUCCAUGCUACCAAGUUCCAUAAAUACAGUAAAAACAUGGCAUUUAAUAUCAUUUGUGGAGUAUUGUUGAAAUCUGUUAAUGCAAAGUGAUUUCAAUAAUGUGUAGAAGGUACAUAUAACAACUAUGAAAAUCAAACCUAUUUAUUAACACAUCUGUACAAGCCUUUAGGUUUAAAAAAAAAAAAAAGGCUUUAAUGUGACAAGUAUUUUACUUUCCUCCAUUUUUCCCUCGUGUCUGGGACUUGUAUGUAAAGUUAUUGUAUGUGUAUUUCUCUUUACAAUUGGUGAGUAAUUCAGGCUUUUUGAUACUGGAAUCUCUGUUGCUGUUAUGUAAGAUUCAUAUUUUAUCCAGAGUUGUAUUUGUCAAGUUUUUUCCCCCCACCCCAAUAAGUUUAUUUUUUAGAUGUUUGAUUAUAUGUACCUGUUGUGAUGUGAGCAUUGCUGCAUUCAAAUGAAAAAGUUUAUUUCCCUUGCAUUAGUUUAUUGUGUUAUAUUAUCGGGUAAACUUUGGAAUCAUGGUUUUGAUUUAAUUUCUU